AUCCAACUCUUUACUACCCGAUCAGUAUCAUCGCCGUGUGUUUUAGCGCUUUGAAAAGGUGUAUGAUUGGCCCAUGUGAUCAUUUUAAAGAUGCCCAAUACCGGCAAACCCAGUCUGGACUGUCACCUGUGCCGCAAGAGAAGAGUCAAGGUGUGUCCAUCGUCCUGAGUCUUGUUUGAUGGGCAGCCCCAUAAAGACAGACUAGCUAAACUGUCUAUUCUUUUGUGAACCUUUGUGUUGAUUGACUCUAAAUUAGUGCGAUCUGGAGCGGCCUGCGUGUCGUAGAUGCAUCAAGUACGGUGCCGAGUGUCCGGGCUAUCGCUCGCCUGAGGAGCUUGUAUUUCGUCCAGCAAACCCGAACAAAUCCAAGAAGCGCAAUAAAGUCGCCGACGAUGGAAAAGCAGACUCUGGGGCCGGGAGCACCGAACUUGUGGCAUAUGGUAAAAGAAACGGCGACGACUCGCCUAAGGCUUCGACGCGUGCCUGGUUUUCGUCGACUGUGAGAGCUGGAAAGAUGGGAGUUCCGCUGCAUGAGCACUGGUCUUCUCAGUCUAUCCCCAUAUUGCUCAAUGUUUACGAAGCUAUUGACUUUGUGCAUAACACAUACAGAAACGCGGAACCUGACGGGGCGUUGGCAUGUGCAGCACAUCUAUUUUCGCGGGCUUAUGUGACAAACUUGCGCUACUCAUCGUCUGUGGAUGAUGGGGUGUACGAUGAAAUCAAUAAAGAGUUGCGGGUAUAUAUGGGAAGAGCUUUACGGUUGAUUAGCGAAGCCCUGUCAAAGCCGGGGGGCGCGAUGAGAGACGAUAUUCUCGCAACCGUGUGGAUUUUGGCAAAUUAUGAGAUUCUCGUUGGAGCGCUUCCAGCACGAGCAAGUCCGUCUACACUUCCAGUCAGUCCGUGGCAUAUCCACACUCAGGGCAUGUAUAGCAUCCUGAAAGCCCGGGGGAUUGACUAUUUGAAAACUGAGAAAGGCCGGAUCGGCUUUUGGCCGGCAUUCAACAUGGUGCAAAUCCAAUCGCUCAUAUUUAGCACCGAGUCACCACCUGAGACGGAUGCUUGGCUAUCAGCAUUUGAAGAUACAGUGGAACCAGGAGAGCGGCUUACACUACGAAUCUCACGCUUUAUACAGGAGAUUGCUAGCAUUCAGUGUCGAAUAAUGAAGACGCUACGGAGCAAAGAUGUACCAAAUGCGUCGCAUGUCUACCGAGGCCUAUGGCAGGAACUCACGACGGCGGAUCAAUCACUGGCCGAUUGGAUUGACAAGCAGCCGCCAUUCACUCACGCCAUCGACCCGUACAUGCGUAAUAUGCAGUAUUCGACGCUAGUGAAGACGUAUCACAUUAUGCAGCUGCUCAUCAACUUUCUUACGCACUUUGCAGGUUGCAAGAUUCCAUUGGACGAACUGCUCGCAAAUAGACGAUAUUGCUUGCAGACUAUUCGGGGUGCGGCGCAAGGGAUUCUUCAAAACGUGCCGUAUGCAAUCGGACCGCUGUCCAGAGGUAAAGACAAGUCGCCGAGGGUUCUGUUUGACGCGCUUAAGCUGAGCUGGCCGUUGGUGUCGAUCUAUGUUGCGUCUUCUACGGUGCUUCCAGAACAGAGCGCCUUAGCAUUGGAGUUGUUGAUUUUCAUUGGCAAGGAGAUUGGCGUGCGGCAGGCUCUCCGUGCAAAACCGCAGAUAAACUUGGUGCCGGACGAGGCUAUUUCGCCGCUGGACGUGGAUGCUGCGUCGCUGGAGCUUCCAUGGGUACAGUUGCCGUCCAACUUGUCCAUUUCAUUGGAAGAUUGCGUUGGACAACCGCGAGUGGACACGACAUGAGUGACCAGGUUUGGAGAGACGGGCGUUUUACAGAUGGUGCUUAGCUAGAACUGGCUGGCCACCCAAACUAGCCGAACGGCAAUAUCAACAUCACCGGCAGCAUAUGGUCUUGGCAAGAAACGGUGGCAUCAGGACGAAACGGGGAUAACACCGACGCAGGCGAGAUAUGACGCCAACAUGUCGACACAAUGGCCAAGGACGGGAGCAGGCGCCGGCGCUUGGGCCAGUCAGGAACCGGAAGGCUGCGGGCUUGGCGGGAUUUACGCGGAGAAGAAAACUAUUUGUCUUGGGAUUUUCUUUUUGUAAAAAAGGAUUUCUUUCGCCUUGCUGGAGUUUUGUGUGUUGCAGGGGUCUGCUGCAGGCUGUCCGAAGGGACCUCGUAUUUGGUUUCCCAUUUGGGGAUCACCUGGUUGCUACUGGUGCUCUUUUUGGACAAGCUUACAUUUUCGUGUACCGACAAGUUAUUUUCUCUUUACGAUAGAUGGCCAUAUCAAAAAUAAAAUGAGUGGCGAGUUUAAAUACAGAUUCCCCAUCUAUUUGCCAUUUCGUUUGCCACAGUACUACGGUGGUGGUGGUUGUAUUUUGUUGGUGACUUAUAGGGCAGUGACAGUUCUUUUUUCCUGUUUUAGUGCAGUUAUAGCGGUGCACAGCCCUGGGGCGGCAGCAAAUUUUCGGCCGGGCUGCUAGCAAAGGGGUUCCAGGAUAGCGGUCUUGGCGCCUGACGUCAUUUUCUUUUUUGCUGUUUUUAGUUCCCAGUUCUGUUCUGAAUUGGAUGACAAUCGGCG